CGACCUGUCUGACAGACAGACGCUCUCGCAUUUGUGCGUGUGCGCAGGCUGCACGCGGUCACGCAAAUGUGAAGGAUCGCGCGGAAUGCGUCUUGGCGCUCCGAGCUUGAGCUGGAGCUCGUGAAAGGCGCUCUCAGCGCGAGACACUCUGCAACCCCUUUUUUAUCAUGGAUUUAACGGCAUUUGUGAAGGGAAAAUAUACUAUUUAAACUCUGUCAGCUGCAUUCCCGCAGACUAAAACAUUUUAUUUGGCUAAUAAACAUUAAAUAUUUCCAAAGAAAAUGUCCAGACCAAAGGUCUUGGAGCGGCAGGGAAGCGAUGACUCGGACACGGACCUGCUGCUCGCGACACUCUCACCGGAGGAAGUGGAGGAGCUCGAGCGGGAGCUCGUUUUUAUCGAUCCCGACCCAAACGUACCGGUGGGACUCCGCCAGCGGAACCAGACAGAGAAAAUACCGUCCAGAGGAUAUGACAGAGAGGCUAUGCUUGUCUACUGCGAGCGGGAGACCAAGAAACUGAUCCGGAGAGAGUUGAGCGUAGAGGGAGAGGCAAAAGGGGAUGGCAGAAGGAGAGAUCGACUCCGCCGGAUGAGAAGCAGAGAGUUUUCCAGGUCGCAGAGUGGCGAUCCUCCCGACACAGAGAGCAGAAACGCAGAGAGUGAAAAAGAUAAGGAGCGAGUGAGAAAAAGGGAGGAUGACUUUAAAGCUUUACCUGAUGAAGGAGAAAAGGGCAGAGAGAAGAAAAAGGAAGAAGAGAAGAGAGAAGGUGGUGAGAAGACGGGUAAUAAGACGGAAAGUGGAAAAGACCUUUCGAGAAAAGAGAGAGGAAGCAGCAAAACUCUAGACCUCAUAUCCAAACUGCAAGAGAAAAAAGAGGAUAUGAAAGAAAGAGGGAGGAAGGAGGAGAAAAAAUUGAGUGAAAACUCCAAAAUACGAGGGUUUGUCUCCAAGCUGCAGGGGGAAGAUGCUGAAGACCUAAAAGUAAAAAACAAUAAGGCAGAUGUCAAGAAACGAGACGAAAGCAAAACUAAAACCAUAGAGGAACCCAAGAACAACAGAGCAGUAGGAAGAGUAAACCUAAAAGAUGUAGAAAUGGUGGAGAAGAAAAGCAGAAGUAGAAAUGUAGAAGAGAAGGAGAGAGAAAAGAAGGAUGAGAAAAGUCAUACAACCAGAGCACAGAAAGAGAAAGAAAAAGAACAAGUGAAACAGUCAGAAAACAAUGAGGUGAAGAUAUCUAGCAAUUCAAACCGUAACAGCUCAGGGAACUGUCAUGGUGCGGAUGACCGUUCUGUUACCACUGAGGAGGACGAGUCUUUUAGCGAAGAUUUGGACAGUGAUACUGGCUCCAGCAUGUUUGACGACCUUCUAGAGCAGGUUCGCAGUGACGACCCUGAACUAACAGAAGUUAAUGUUAAUAAUUCAGAUGCCAUUAAGACAGAUACCCUGAUACAUUUUGCCGAGGGUCUUCGCAGCAACACUCACGUCAAAACCUUCUGCCUCGCAAACACGAGAGCGGAUGACCAUGUUGCGUUCGCCAUUGCUGGAACCCUGCGAGAUAACUCAACCCUGACCGGAAUCAACCUCGACUCGAACCAUUUGACAGGCAAAGGCAUCCUGGCCAUCGUCAACUCUCUUCAGCACAACAGCACGCUCAUGGAGCUGAGGUUUCAUAACCAGAGGCACAUCUGCGGAGGGAAGACUGAGAUGGAGAUGGCCAAAGUAUUACGUGACAACUCUUCUCUGCUGAAGUUGGGAUAUCAUUUCGAGCUGGCUGGGCCCAGGAUGACCAUGACAAACAUCUUGAGCCGAAACAUGGAUAGGAAGCGGCAGCAACGACUAGAAGCGCAAAAACUCGCCAGAUUGGAAACAGACUCCACCCACAAAACCCCACGUGAAGAUAAGAGCUUGGUUGAAAAAAAUAAAUCUAUCAACACUCAGAAGAAAGACUCUAAAUUUGUUGCUCAUUCAAAAUUCUCCUCUGCUCAGGAAACUCCCAAAGCUCCGCCCACAAAGCCACCAUCUAAACCCCUCCCCUCUGAGGUAACAGGAAAGAAAACAGGGGCAACCACAAGUCGACAAACUCCUCCUCCUCCUCCACCCCCUCCCAGCCCAGCAUUAGAUGUUCAGGCCCUGAGGAGGUCGCUGACCCCAAUCUCUCAGAAGAAACCAGACAGCAGUGCUGCUGUCCGACAGACGGACAGGAGCUCCAGAGAUCAGCUCCUGGACUCUAUCAGAAACUGCAGCAUGAACGCUCUCAAAAAGGUUGAGGUCCCUAAGCUGCUGAGAUAGCAUCUGUCCAGUGUAUGUGCUUCUACCAGAUUCCCCUGCAGCGCCCCAUCAUCACGGUGGAGUCAUUGAAUCAUCAAGAUGAGAUUCCUCCUUAACUGGCUUAGACGCUCUGAAAUACAGAUUAUUGGGAUUAUCUGAUAUCUAAACAUCUAAGGUGGGACACUUGAGUGUGAUUUUUUUCCCUGGACUGACAGUUAACCAGUCAACAUUCAAGCUGUGAGGGGCAUCUGUUGAGGUUUAAGGACCCUCAGAGAAAAGAUUUUUUCAGAUAAAUCAGAUGGGUUAUUGGAAUAUCUUGGCCAUUUGUUCUUUAAGAUAUUUUUUAGACCUGUCUUGAAUCAUUACUCUGUCUAUAUAUGUAGAAAUCUGCCUUGAUGUUAUGUGUUUGUUAAAGUCAGCAUAAAAUGGAAGUUGCAAUAGUCCUUCCUUCUCUACAGUGUCGUAUGUGAAACGGCUUCUCAAAGAAGAAAAAAUGUAAGGCUGAACUUGAUUUUGUCCAUCAGGAAUUGAUUGGAUCAUUGUAGUUUGCUAUUGCUGUGAUCUCAUGUGAGUGAAGAGAUAUCAGUGCAGAGAGAGGGGAGGAAGGGGAAGUUAUUUUGAUUAAAGAUUACGAGGGCACACAAAAAAAAUUAUAUUAAUGAUGAUGUUCAUGGAUAAAUACUGCAAUAUUUAAUAAAAAAAAAUGUCAAUUUGACUUUAAAUAGUGUAAACAUUUACAUUUAAAUACUAUAUUGAUUAUUUAUGAGAUAUUGUGUUCAAUUUCACAAGCAGAUCUGUUUAUGGCCAUGAAUUUUUGCAUCUGGACUUUUGAGAGAAUCUAGUUUGAGUUUCUGUAUUACAAUAUUUACAUUGUUGUUUUUUUAGGGAAAUUAGAACAAGCUGCUCCCUUUCACAACUGCAAACAUUAUCAUAUCCUUGGGCAGCAUUUUUUAAAUUUAUCCCCAAAUCAAGAUGAAAACAAGUUUGACUGUUUUUUUAAAUUGUGAUAAAUACUCUAGAUAUCACUUGAGAAGUACUUAAUUAGCAGUACCUAGUCCUGUCUGAUGUGUCUUUUUGUAGAGCAAAAAAUAGCAAUGAAAGCAUUUACACAAUGAAAAAGGAAGUCAUAUUUAUUGCUGAAAGCUCUCUUGUCCUCUGGUUUUCUUUUUCUUUUGCAACAGUCUUUGUAACAACAUUAAGCUGCAUAAUCAAAUAUGUACUUGCAAAUGCAUCAGUUACAAAAAUGUGUCAACACACCUGCUAAUCGGCUUUGUUUCCUUCCUUACCCAAAGUCAUACCGGUCUUACUGCUAAACUGUUUUUGGUUUGUUCUUUUGCAGGUCUCUCUCUCUCUCUCUCUCUCUCUCUCUCUAUUUCUCUUUCUCUAUUAAAAGCACUGUUCCUCUGUUAACUGAUGGAGCAGACAAGCGUGAGACAGGAAGCCAGUUAUAAUGUUGUGUUAUGUUGUAGUUUAUUAUAAAGAGGAUGUCUUGCUUGAAGAGGAUGAUAACAAGUUAAGGAGAAUGAAAACCCAUCUAAAGAUUCUGUCUCUUUUCAUAGGUAAAUACUUUUUUUCUGGCUUGAUAUAUUUCAAGAUGGUGUCUUCAUUAUUUAGAGAUGAAUUGACAUCUUAUAGCAGACUGUAAAUAUAAUUGUGCGUGCAUUUAAAGUUAAACUGAACUGAUUCAGCAGUAGUUGUCUAAUGACCCUCUGUAUAUUGUUUGAGAAAAAGGAUUGUGUAAAAAAAUUCUCAGUUUAACAAAUACAGUGAAGUAAUAAAGUGUUUUCUAGUUUUCA